AGUUAAAGAUUUGGAUUAGUUAGUGAUACACAAGUCUGGUUUGGCAUAGUUUGCUUCAAUCUCCAAGAGCAAAGAGAGCUAGCAGCUAUGUCUUCUAAUACCAAAAGCUUCAGCAGCAGUUCCAGUGAAGAUGACAAUGAACUUAGGAGAGGGCCAUGGACUCUUGAAGAAGACACUCUUCUGAUUCAAUACAUAGCUCGUCACGGUGAAGGCCGAUGGAAUCUGCUAGCAAAUCGGGCAGGAUUACGGAGAACUGGGAAGAGUUGCAGAUUGAGAUGGUUGAACUAUCUGAAACCAGAUGUUAAGCGCGGAAAUCUUACUCCGGAAGAACAGCUGUUGAUUCUUGACCUCCACUCCAAGUGGGGAAAUAGGUGGUCGAAAAUUGCGCAAUACUUACCCGGAAGAACAGACAAUGAAAUCAAGAACUACUGGAGAACUAGAGUGCAGAAACAAGCAAAGCAUCUUAAAAUUGAUACCGACAGCACAGAGUUUCAGAAUAUUAUUAGGUGCUUUUGGAUGCCUAGAUUGCUGCAGAAGAUAGGAGACCAAAACCAAUUAGCUGCUUCUCAUCAGCAUUCAAUAACAGCACCACCAUCACAGCCACAAUUUACUGAGCAAGGAGCUGUUGACAUGAGCGGAUUUGUAUACGAUUUGGAUAUCAAAAAGCAGAACACAGAAUGCAUUUUGCCUUCAGAGUUACCAAUGGAGAGCUCAAACACUUCUCAAUUUUCAGAAUAUUACCCUUCUAGUUCUUUUGGUGGAGCCAUAGUGCGCAAUGAUCACUUUGUAAACAACAAUAGCCAUGACAUGGAAGUCUUCAACUUGGGGAAUUCUGCUGCUGCUGAUACUUGCUAUGUGCCAGAAAGCGAAAGCAACUGGCUUGAAAUUGAUUUUUCAUGUAGCAUGUGGAACAUGGAUGAAUUGUUGCAGAGGUGUUAGCACGCAAAGUCCCACAUCGCCCGAAUACUUUUAGUAUAUAUAUAUACUGUAUAAGAACAUGCACGGACCUCUCAAACCAAUCCCAUUAUCCCAAUUCGUUUUUGGAUCGGAUGCUCUACAUCUAGAUUGAGGGACUUAUUUUCGGACAACCCUCACGGAACUGAUAAGUUUUUUGAUAUAGAUAGUUUCCAGAUCAUUUAUCAAGUGAACAGUAUUUGUUAAUUUUAAUUUUCCACAACUUGAGUGCAGAACAGUGCAAGUUGUUGUUAGUUUAAACUUUCCAUCGUUAUUAAUGUGCAUCUUUUUCUUGGACUAAAAUUCAAUGCCACUCCUCUGUGAAGCCAAUCUA